AUGCGUAGGCAGAAUCGCUUAAUUUACCUUGCGUCGGUCAGCAUAGCUCUGAUGGAUAGAUGUGGGCGUGGGAUGUGUGCUAUGAAUAAAAGUGAGCGAGAAACCGCUCAUCGCAGGUUCGCUGCACAUCCCCGUACUGCUCAUCUUCUAGGACAAGUCUCGUGGAAAUGCAGUUCUAAUCCUCGAUUGUGGGGGCCACGCUAUAGCAAAAGGACCAAGCUAUAUACUUUGACUAUAUCAAAAAGGGAUGAUACGGUUUCAACGCUAUUAAAUACCCCAGAUAAACCAACACAAACAAAAUCGUGGCCGAAACCUGUCCAAAAGCGGGACGGGCGCGGCUACGGGCCGGAGGGGUACGGGGGCGAGGGGUUCGUCCCGCCGCCGCCCAUGCACCACCCGAUGCCGCCACAGAACCAGUACCCUGACGAGCUGUUGUCCGUACUACAGGGGGGUCCGCCGCAGCAGGGCGCCGUCAUGAUGGUCUACGGGCUGGACCCGCAGGCGGCCAAUGCCGAUAGGCUGUUCAACCUGUGCUGCCUGUACGGGAACGUUGUGAGGAUAAAGUUCCUGAAGACCAAAGAGGGCACAGCCAUGGUCCAGAUGGGAGAUGCAGUCUCAGUAGAGCGCUGCGUACAGAACCUGAACAAUGUCACCGUCGGAGAUUACACUCUUACUCUCGCUUUCUCCAAACAAGCUUACCUCUCCGAAGUGAUGAACCCUUACCCGUUACACGACAAGAGUCCCUCGUUCAAGGACUACGUGGGCAACAAGAACAACCGCUUCCUGACUCCCGCCUCUAUACACAAGAAUCGGAUACAGCCCCCGUCCAAGGUGGUGCAUUUCUUCAACACGCCUCCUGACGUGUCGGACGAGCAGUUGCUGCAGGUGUUCCGCGACUACGGCGUGUCCCCGCCACACACCAUCUCCAAAUUCCCGCUCAAGAGCGAGAGUUGUCUAACGGUGGCCUCAAUUCCAACGCGUACAAAGAAAUUUGGUGACUCAUUUCUUUGUCGCACUAUCCGUAAAUGGAAUGCUCUGCACGCUCACGUGUUCCCUCCCUCUUACAACCUGGGAGCCUUUAAAAGAGUGAGGAGGAGUGAGGAUGGCUGGUGUGGCAGAUCAUCGUCCGGCCUUAUGGAAUUCCAGAACAUUUCACAAUCAGUAAUGGCGAUAAUGGCAUGCAACCACGCGACCAUUCAGCACCCAGGCGCAAAAUUCCCGUUCGUUAUGAAGCUGUGCUUCUCGUCGUCGCGACAGAUUGGCCAAGGGAAAGGCCCACAGACAGCCAAGGGCCAGACACAGGGCCAAGAGAACCAGCGGCAGGGUCAAAACAACGGCAUCGCAGAGCACGAAUAUUAUUAACGGCGAAGCGGCGGCGCACACACACACAACACAUAUCAAGACGGAGGCACCACACACACACACGGCACGGGGGGACUGGGUUGCCAUUGCCACAAAAAAAUAUACCCCUACUGUACUGUUGAAACUGCCAAAACCGUACCCCAUUCACAGUUACACCACCUCUUCACACCUGAUAUUGGAAAUUGCGUUCGAAAAAUAAAAAUGUGGUCUCUUUUCCCAUUUGUAACGGGUAGAUUUUGCGCAAUGGCAACAUCUUAAUGAUUCCUUUAUUUUUACAAUUUAUGUGAUCUAGAUCACUUUCUAUAAAGACAUUAACAGUUAGUGCGUUUUUUUUUCUAUAUAAUGUAUUAAUUGAUAGACACAGUUACAUUUUUUGCAUAACAUGAUUACAUUUUAUGUAUGAUACAUAUAAUAUAUAUGUCACAUUUUUUACAUUUCCAUUAUUAUUUUUUUGGUUUUCUUAUGUUUUACGGAGCCACGCUCCAAUGAAUUAGUGCGUCAUGCAUUAUUUUGUUUAUUCGAACUAGUGGUUUAGUUAGUGUUUAAGUAAAAUUCCCAUUUUAUUUGUGUAAUAUUAGAAUUUAUUCGUGUCGUAUGAUUUCAGUGCCAUUUUCAAAGGCUCGUUGGUGUAAAUUUUAUUGAUAUAAGUACUCGAUUCUCGACCUUAACCCCCUAUACGUUUAGGUGGUAUUCGUUUGAUUUCUCUAGAGUUUUGAGGAUGGUACUGCUGUUUCCCGUAUGGUGAUUUCGUAGUAAUUAAUUGAUAUUAUAAUUUUGCAAGUUUGUUUAAGACAUUGUUGUUGUAAUAAAUUUGAUGUUUUUUCAGUUUGUAUUCCUUUGAAUGCGCUUACGGCGAACGUUCAUGUAUUUUUAUAUAUAUAUAUAUAUAUAUAUAUGUAUAAUAUACAGAGAACUCUUUGCACGUGCGCUAGCAAUUCGGUUGUUUGUAAACGUGACAGUUGUGAAAUGUACAAGAAAUAAAGAUACUGUGGUAUAAGGUAGAACAUUUGAGUUUCAUUUUUUAUUUCAAAAGCAAUAAUUCAUAGAGUACCAUGCUUAUAGUGUGCAUGUUUUUAGUUUUUUUUCUCUUUCUCUAUUUAUAUAUUGUUGCAUGUUUUUCUUACUUGACAUGAAAACAAUAGUCGCAGAACGAUGUCGGAAUUCCUUUGACCAUUUUACUAAUAAACUGUUUAAGAACCAAAAAAAAAUCUUAAUGUAAGAAAUAGUUUAGCACUCUUUAGGAUAUAGUAGUAAGCGUCAUUGCAAUGUCAAUUAUAUUCGAUUAGUGAAAAAAAUAAUAAUGACAGUAUGGAUUUUCUAUAAAUUUUUCUUAAAAUAUGUCUUGCAUAUAAUAUACUUGAAAAAAAAAGAAAAAAAUAUAUAGAGCAACGGUUAAAUUUUCGAAAUCGAAUUACGAACAUAGGUUGUCUUCGAUAACAGAACACCAUUUGAAAACUAUACUUACUAAUAUAUAUAAAUGUAUUUUUUUUGUUUUUGUAUCUAAGAAAAUUCAUGUUUGUAUCGUGUGACUCUUGUGGUAGAUCGUCUAUUUAACUGUUUACUGGCUUUCGGUCUAAUAUGGCAAGAGGUUCAUUCACCAUCUCUUUUUAAACUCUGUUCUUUCGAUAUAUCAUACCUAAUUGUCAUUUUGUCAAAGAUUAUACCGUGCCUAUGAGCCGCGCCGUUUAAAAACGUAUGGUGAAAAACCUAAGAAAAGAUAAAUUUUUAUUACGCCUUAAACAGUAUAUAUUCAUAGAAUUCAAUUAAAGUAAUAGUUCCCUAAAUAGCUGAUUUAAAGAAUUAUUAAAAAUAUAAAUUCAAUGUUAUCAAGUAAAUAGAAGCAUAUCUUUUUCUCUAGAAAACAUAUUUUCGAAUGGAAAUAAAAAAAAAUGUUUUAGUCUUAGGACAUUGAUGUCGUGAUAGAUUUCAACUGUUUUGUGUUAAAUGUAAAGAUGGAGAAUAUAUAUAUAUAUAUAAUAAAUAUAUUAUAUGAUUGUUUUCUCUAUAGUAAUUUUGUUGUAACACUUAGAUUUCUGUAAUAGUGAAUGUUCACCUACUACCUUUUUAUGUGAAUACAGACAAUAUGACACUGAUCUACUCUGAUAUAACAUUUUAGAACAUUCGUUUUAGGCAUUAAAGUUGAAUAUUGCGCAUCAGUAGCAUGCACACAUUACUAACACUAAAAACAAUUUUAAUGUCUGAAAUUCACGAACAUCCCUUACCACUUAAUUAAUCUUGUAUUUACCAAGGAGAGACGCUCACAAAAUUACGAGACACAAUAACAGCACUUUGUCAUAACAACUAUUCUUAAGAUAAUGUAACAUUAAUGUUUUUUUAAUUUUUUCUUUCAACCUUAUUUUGUUUUUCAAGUAUUUUAGCUUACCUUUCAUUGGAUUUAGGUACUUGUAGCUACAUUGUAUACAUUAAAUACAUGUCAAC